AUGAGUGCCGCGCAACGAAUGCGAGAAAUUAAUAGCCGGGUAGUCGUUGACUACUCGGCUACCGUUGAUUUGACGUCGUAUUUUCGAAUGUGCCGUUCCAUGCUCGUCAUGGCAAAGCAGUACGAAACAGAAGGUUUCCCGUUGCGUGCGUACGUUCUCCAGAAGCGUUUUCUCCUGCUAUUUAUCGAUCACUUAAGCAAGCGUGAGGACUAUAAAGGCUGUGACGCCGACGUGCGCAGGUUGUGGUCGCGCGAGUGCAAGCGGGUGCUGGACACCACCGAGAAGCUGCAUCAAACCAUCCUUGCCGGAUUUCAGGCUCAAGAACUGGCGGAGAAGAAGGCCGCGGAGGAGAAAGAGAAGGAGCUCCUUCGAAAAGCCGAAGAGGACAAGAAACGCCAGUCAACCGCCCUCCCCACCACCACCACCACCACUAAUCCGUCGCCGUCAAAUGGUGCCGUUCCGCCGACCUUCGACCGUCUCCUCAAGCCUUCAACAGAAAAGCCCUCAACAGGAUCCGAAUUCAACCCUAUCCACGUGCCGCGAUCGCUGGCGGCCACCUUCAUGAAGAUAGCCGAGAAAAACACUAAGUUGAACGUCGAGACAUGCGCGACCCUCUGCGGUCGACUGGGCGCUGCCGGCGGCUCGGGUCUCAUCGUUUCUCACAUCAUCCUCUGCAAGCAAGUCGGCACCGCCGAUUGCUGCACCACUGCCCACGAGGAGGAGUUGCUGGAGUGCAUGGACGCCAACUGUCUGAUCGCCCUCGGCUGGAUUCACACCCAUCCCACCCAGGAGGCCUUCAUGUCCUCGGUUGACCUCCACUGCCAACUCUCCUACCAGCUGAUGCUACCCGAGGCGAUCGCAAUAGUGUGCUCGGCCAAGUACAACGACGUGCAGUACUUCUCGCUGACCCCGGACUAUGGCAUCAAGUUUUUGCGUGAAUGUCAACAAACCGGUUUCCACAAGCACGCCUCCACAAGGGACCUCUACAUGAAGUCGCCGCAUGUUGUGUUCACAGACGACCCGGUUGCUGUAUUCGAUCUCCGGUAA